AUGGAAUACAGCGCGAGCGUGGACAGAGAAAAUUUCAAUCGAACCUAAUCUAAUGUGACAUCUUCUUGUGUUCCUGCUCAUGGAGGGAGACAUGAGGCACAGUUGUGUUGUUGUGCGAGCUUCCAAGAUUCGCCUCCCUUAUGGUUCAUGGAAUGGUCGACUCUCACGCUCGUUUGGAUCAGGUGAUGCAUGCUGGUGAUACACUGUUAAUAGAUGCGCUACACGCUAUACGAUGUUCAUCAACUGUAUCCGAUCAAUCAUUACGCAGCAUUGCGUCCAGAAUGGUAUUCCACAAAGAUUUAAUUUAGUGCAAGACCUAACUGAAGAUUUGAAUAGUCAAAAGCAAUACUUACGUAAAUGCUCUUCGAUCUGUUUCUCCCUUAAGCCUGGCGCACUAAAUAUUAAUACACGUCUCCUGGGUCAAGAUACCGUUCAAUACAGCACUAGAAACAUAUUCUACGCGUGUAUUCAUAAGAAGUCUGCACACGGCAACAGCGCACAACAGUAGUGUCUCGGAUAACAGAUUUGUAUUGUAAGAAUGGAAACAGCGGCGAGAGUAUGUGCUAUUCUCAUGAUGCUCCCGAAGUCUGUGAUUCCAGGUCAACUAAACACAGCUUCUUACAACAACUGGGCAGACCCCUACGGCCUCAACAUCAUCGGACACUGGUCAGUAAAGGUUGAACUGAAAGGAUGUAAGAACAUACAGUUUGGUCUGUGGGGGCCGACCAAGUCACAGUCCAAUGGCUACAACAUCGAUUUGAAUAAAGAAACCGGGGGCCAGUAUUUCUCGGCGGUCAGGAAAAAAUGCUCUGGUUGCCCAGGGACACCAGAGGGUGAAGUGAAUCAGGGCGGUUCUUACUUCACUUGCGACUCAACCUUUCACCCCUACUGGCUCAGUUGGGACCAGUGCACCAUCAAAAUGGGCAAAGGGACAGUUAUCGGUGACCAGCAGGUGCUCAGUUGGAUGGACCCGGAUAUCAUUGAGAUCAAGUACAUCUCUGUCGGGGCAGCAGACGGAUCAAGUGUCGUCUCCAUGCGUUUUGAUGGUACAACCGAUGAUUUGACGGUGAACACUGUCCAGACCUGCGGGGAACCCACUUGCGCUGCUCAGAGUCGACCGGCAGUGUCCGGAGCGUUCCAGCCAUUUGUGUUUCAUUUGUCUGGUGCAGGGAAGAUGAUCAACGACUCUGGAGAUGUCAUCUUCAAUGGAACAGGCAUGACGAAGAAGGAGUGCAACCACAAGUGUCUCUGUACCACUGCAUGCAUUGGGUUCAGCAUCUCCGCAACGGGCACCUGCAAACUGACUGACAAGUGUGUUCCAUCACUUGCAACUGAAGCAGGCUCCAACGUCUAUACCCUAAAGUCCUUUGGAAGUACAUAAUCGCACUUCCAUCGUGUGUUUGCGAGUCUGUGAUAUAAAUGAUUACGCAGCAAUUCUCAGUGAGCACAGACAUACUGUACUGAAAUAAUGACCAUACAAGGAUUCUUUCAGUUGAGAUUUGUUUUCAUUAUUUAGGUGAAUACUUCUGUAAAAUUCCAUUCUUAGCUUUGGAAAGAAAUGGUACGUUCUUCCAAAUUUUAGACAUUUGUAUGAACAAUUACAGGGAAGUAGAAGUUGUAGCAUGUAGUAUGUUUUUGGACCCCGUUAUUGCGCUUAGAGGGGACAUGGGGUAGGUUUCAGUGUCUGUAAGACAAAAGGUAGAGGGUUUCAGAUAUUUAUUAAGAUUGAAAUCUUUGCCGCAACAUCGGCUGCCAUAUGUAAUUCAUCGAUGGGCAAAUGGGAUUCCUUCCUCUUGGGAUAACAAGGUAAUGAAUAUCGUCCGACAAUUUAACUCUGCUCAUUUGUUAAAUAAUGAUUGGGGAACUAAAUCUUGUGUAAAAUAUAUUUUAAAAGUUUUAAUGCAUGAGGACGUAUUAAAAUGGCACGCUAAGCUCUGGGAUGAUGACGGUAAUGUUAAUGGGAAUAAGUUACGAACUUACAAAAAGUAUAAGGUCUCCCGUUUUGUAGAAUUUUAUGUACAAAAUGUUAUCUUUCGAGACCAUCGUCGUAUUUUAGCUAAGUUUAGGUGGGGAAUUUUACCAUUGUAUGUUGAAAAGGGUAGAUAUAUCAAGCCUUCUGUACCACUUGAAGAAAGGCUCUGUAAAUAUUGUAAAAAUGCUCGUAUAUAUUUUAUUGAAGGUGAAUUUCACGGAUCCAAUGUACUUUUUAUAAAAACAUUAGAUUUAACCUUUUAAAGGCAGCUGUAGAAAGCAAUCGUAAUUUUAACUACCUUUGUGAUGAAGAUAAAUUGUUUUAUAUAAUGAAUUCCGAUGUUUUACAAAAAUAAUAUAUUAGCAAAUGCACUUUAUAAAAUGUUUAAUAGACGUGAAAUGGCGGAAUAAUGUUAAUUUUAUAUAUACAAUGCAUAUCUAAUUUAUUCUUAUUUAUGCUUUUUCCUUUUUGACUAAUUUCAUUAUGAUUAUUUUAAGAAUCUCCUGUUAUUCUUUUUCUUUCUCUUUUGUUGUUUCAUCGAGGAGUCUGUUGUUGUUCUGCGUGUGUCUUAUCUACACUCUGCCUAAAUUUCUAUCUCCCAUAUUAUAUUCUAUCAUGUGUGUACCAUUAAUGUACUUAUAAUGUAUUUAUAGUGUCUCGUAAGCACAUGUAUGGCUUGACGCACUUCCUUUAAAAUGUUUAUGUGAUUCUGUAUUUUAAUGUUAAUGCUGUGCUUGUGACACUUUAAUAAACA